AUGAAAUCCAAUUAUUCGGGAGCCAAAACAAUUAAAGAUCUAUUAACAAAGUGGCUAAAUCAGACAAGAUCUCAUAUACAAUGGCAUUUCAACAUGUGUUCUCCUAAAAUACUGGCAGAUUUAAGCCAAUAUCAACACAAGAACAAGGAUUACCGGCAUGAUGACACAGCACCGGGGGUCCAGCACCAAAAACUCAAAAUUUUCAAAGGACUUUUGUAA